GCCGUUCAGAGUUCAGACUCCAGCCAGCGAUGCAGAGAGCCGGCGACGGCAGGGAGGCUAGCAAGGACAGCGAGCACAGGGCCUUAAGACAAAGCUUCGAAGACUGAGCCGCUGCCUUCCUUGGUGUCCCGAAUUGCUUGUGUUCCCCCGGCGAUCAAUCGGGGAUAUUCAGGCGCGUGAGAGACGGGGGGCAGGAGGAAGGUAGACGGGGAGGGUUAGUGGGGGUGACUGCAUGGCUUCGGCCGCCGAACAACACGCAGCACAGGAAAAGGUGGCAGAAACCCUCGCUGGCCAGAUGGAAGGGCAGCUAGCGGAGCCUCGGGCGAUGCAAGCCCCUCAGGCGGGUCCUCGCGACCAGCAGCAAGGGCUGUUUCUCCAGCCCCCUGGGGGAGUUGUCCCUGCGCAGAACCCAAACCACCUUCAGCAGCAGCCGCAGCUGCCACACCAGCCACCCCAGCCACACCAGCAGCAACCCCAGUCGCAGUCGCAGCCGCUGCCGCAGCAGCAGCAACAACCGGCGGGGCAGGGAGGCGCGCCUGGACAGGGGGCGCGGGAGACGGGAGCGACGACAGGGUCCGGGCAGAAGAAGACGGCGGGGGCUAGGAACGGGGGGGGCACGGGAAAGGGCUCGGUCGGGGGAGAAUCCGACUUGGACAGCGACGAUGACCCAAACGAAGAUCCCGAGGCACGCAAAGCCCGGAAGAAGAUCCGGCGAGCGUGUGACUACUGCACUCAGAAGAAGGUUAAAUGCGACGGGACUCCGCCCUGCCGACAAUGUCAGAGGAGACAGAUAGAGUGCACCUUCAGCCCGUGCGCCCGUUCCGGCCCAAGCAAGGUACCCCCACCAAACGUGGCAAAUCCGAUACCUGGGGUAGGCGUUUCGCAGAACGGGGCGCUGGCGGCGACGGCUCUGGCGGCGGCGUGGGACAGACCGCUUGCGAUGGCAGCGGCGUUGUCGGGCGGAGGGAUCACGAGCAAGGUGGACGUGACCUACCUCAACUUCUUCCUUAAGGAGUUCAACGCGGCUGCUGGCGACUGUAGCGGUGGAGGCAUGGUGGUCGAGAUAGCAGGAAAUGUGCAGCUCAUCGCCAAGACGUAUGCACGUUGGAGGGCAGCGUGGAAAUACCGCGCCCUUCUCGAAGCGUAGGUAUACAGCUUAGUCUCGAAGGGUAGCUGCGCGUCCAAACCUAUCACAUUGUUGACCAAUCGGAUCUGAAUGUUCACGUCUCGGUCAGUGCCUCCUACGGCAUCAGCAGUUGUCGACGUCAUCAUCAUCAUCACCACCACAGCUACCACCAUCACAAUCGUCGACGUCGUGAAAAGUUGACACCGGGGCUCACGCGUCUUCGCCGAACCCUGCGCGUUGUGUCACAAUUGUCGAGUUUUUGCGAGGAGGCUUUGUUCUACUGGCGACGGCGCAACACUUGCUAUUUGGUUGUUACGAUGGCGCUUUUUUUGUUUUGUUCGCCAUCUCCUUCCUUCCUAGUUUGUCCCGCUGACGACGCAAGGCAUCUUGAGGGACGCUCUUAACCCGGUGCCGGAGGCCCUGACGGAGCGAUCAUUCCACGGAGACGAAGAGUAUAGAAGACAGGUGACGCGUGCUUCUGGUACUUGGUUGUGGCCUCAACACAAGUACAGAUAGUGCCGGUACUGACGAACUGCGUACCUAAGAACAGCUACUCAUGCCAAAGCUUACAUGAACAACUUGGGCACCGCUUGUGGGCCCGGUCAAGACAGUUUGCGAGUCCGGUUGAGAACCCCUGUUACGAUCCGAAUUGUAUAGCAGCCACUGUUCACAAGGGCAAGCAGGACCAGCCUCGGCCACAACUACUAGUAGAGGUGGUGGGCGCUAUUUGUAGCUGUAGGUUUGUGCUGCUAUGUUGUGGUCUAUUGUUGGUUGGGUGAAUGUUUUUGCUUCUCUUUUUGUUAGGCGUUCUUCCGUUUGCGCCAUUGGCGCGAGCAUAUGUACCCUCCGCGUGUAGGAGAUCAGAAUUUUAUUGGCAAGCAUUACCACGCUCGGCGUUGAGGAGAUCAGUUUAUUGAUUUUUCUGAUAGUUGCUUCUAUUCUGGAGAUGUGUGUUUCGUGCUUGCCGCCAGAACAGGAGUUUGCUGGAUUUUGUUUCCCGUUGAUUCGUGUCAGUUCUUGUGCUGUUUGUUGCGACGGUCAUAAUGCGUGGGGUGUGAGCAACGAUCACUACUGUUCUAAACGCACAGCGAGCGCUACGUGCACCGUUUGUGUUUUCGACCAAAUUUCCGGCUUACUACACAACACCGGUGGUCUAGUGGGUAACU